CGGAGAGACGUCAGGCCGGACCGGAGAUUAGCAGGCGCUUUAAGUGGAUUAGAAAGCGGCAGUGCCGGAGAGAAGCGAGCGGAGGCGCGAGAGCAGCAGGCGCCACUGCCCGGCUCAGCCUCCCUGCCGGCUCGCCCGCUCCCCUGGCCGGACUGCGCGCCCCGCCAUGCCCCAGACCGUGGUGCUGAGCGGCCCGUCGCCGUGGGGCUUCCGGCUGGUCGGAGGCAAAGACUUCAGCACGCCACUGACGAUUUCCAGGAUUAAUCCUGGAAGUAAAGCUGCUCAUGCCAGCCUUUGCCCGGGUGAUGUCAUCCUGUCAAUUAAUGGUGAGAGCACAGAAAACAUGACACACCUGGAAGCACAAAACAAGAUCAAAGCUUGUCUGGAUCAACUGACACUGUCUGUGAACAGGGCAGAAAGCAAGGUUUGGUCCCCUAACAUUUUAGAAGAUGGAAAAGCACAAGCUUACCGAGUCAGUGUAGAACCAGAACCACAGGAUAAUGGGCCUGUUCCAAACAGAAGACCAACAACCUUUUCACCUGGAGGAAGUCCAACAGACAACAAGCAGAUAUCCAGCUCGCAGUACAAUAACCCUGCACGGCUGUACACAAACAACAAUGCAGAUUCCAGUUUAGCUUCACAAAUGAGUGGCCUCCAUUUCACAUCUUCCCCAAGUGCUGACCCUUCAAGGUCCCUACCAAGAAACAGAAAUGGAAUUGACAUGGACUCAGAUGUAUACAAAAUGCUGCAGGAUUAUGAAAAGCCCGUUUCAGAACCUAAGCAGUCAGGAUCCUUCCGGUAUCUACAGGGCAUGUUGGAAGCUGGAGAGAAUGGUGAAAAACAUGACCGACUGACUAGUCCAAGACAUGUUAAAACUUCUGUAUCUAAACUGGGUGGAUCCAUAUCUGGCUUACAGAUGCUCCCUCAGUGUACCAGAUGUGGCAAUGGAAUUGUUGGCACAAUAGUGAAAGCCCGUGACAAGCUCUACCAUCCAGAAUGUUUCAUGUGUGAUGACUGCGGACUCAACCUGAAGCAAAGAGGUUACUUCUUCAUUGAGGAACAGCUGUACUGUGAAACGCAUGCCAAGGAAAGGGUUAAGCCACCAGAAGGAUAUGAUGUGGUAGCUGUUUAUCCCAAUGCAAAAGUUGAACUUGUCUAAAUAGAUACUCUUAUUUCCCAGAGAGGUCAAAAGGUGGUACACCCACCCACAGCCCAGUCUCUGUUUUAGAGUAUGGCUGCAAUCAGUUCCGAUUAGUGAAGUCUCAAGUAAAAUGCCUUUUCAGAGAUAAAACCGUUUACACUUGGAUCUCAAGGGGAUAGUGCUGAAAGCCUCUGAAAAGUUUUUUUUUUUCCUUUUGACACUUUGCUUUUGAGUUGCUGUGUUACUGGUUGGCUUUGGGAUUUUUUGUUUUGUAUUUUUUUUCUACAGAUAUUUUCAGUUGGGGCCCACUCCAAAACCUAUGUAAAUAUGGAUGCUUUCUAAAAACAUAGUUUCAUAUAAAGUCAGUAUUCUUUUAUUCUGUCUCAUUUUAAAAUAUAAAGAGGACUGUUUAAAAGCUCAAAGGAAAUAAGGCACUUUAAGAAAUGAAACUGACAUUUUAAAGCAUUGCAUUUUUUUCUUUUGUCAGUAAUAUAGAUAUGCUAUAAAUAUUGCUUUGUGGAAUUCAGGUGAUAGGGCAUGGAGACCACAUUUAAUGCAAUUUUAAAUCUAUAUCUGGAUAGAGGAAUUUUUACAGUAAACCUGAGGAAAUGAGUCCUAAGAACUCAAGUAAAACCUUUAUUUUUUAUAACUGUUGCCUUUUUGCUACAUUUCUAUACAGUACUUAGGAAAAUAACCCCUGCUUGUAAUUUUCAAACAUUAUUAUAUAUUCUAACUGAGAACAAAUAUUAGCAUUGUGUCAUCUUGCUGAUGCAUAGCAGCACUAGGCCUCAUUCCCAAAGACCUGCCCUCUUUGCUUUCCUAAAGCAAAUGUUUUUGGAAGCCCCGGGGAUAGUCCCUCCUUUGCUGAUAGCAAUGAGCAGGUUGGUGAAGCUUUGGAACCUGUGCUGUCCCUCAGGUCAUGUCUGGCAUCCUCUUGCGUUUAGAGCAGGAGGUGCCUAAUGUCGGCUCCAUUGUGGCACAGAAGUACAAGCUUAGUUUACUGUAAGUGCGUAAACCACUUUAACUGCCCUGAAUGUAUUCUUACAGCAAAGAAUUUGUUAUAUCACAGAAUUCUUACAUAGGACAUGUGGAUUUAUUUUCCUUUUGUCUGAGAUAGCAUGAUUUAUCUUACAGAUAUUCUCUCAUAUUAAACCUUCCAGACACCUACAUUUCUUUUACUUUUUUUAUUCUUGUCUUUGGACAAAAAGGGUUCUACACUCCAGCACUAAACACAUUGCUGAAAUAUAUUUCCAGAUACAGUGAAGUUGACUUAGGGUGCUUCCAGUUUGAGGGUUCUCUCUCAGUUGCAUAGCUAUUCCUUCUUUCCCACCUUAACGGAUAUUUUGUAGUUGUUGUUUUUUUUUAAUGGAAGAAGCUGUGGGAAAACAUGAGAUUGUUGCAAAUGGAUGGCAACAUCUGGACCCCCCACAAAUUUCCAUGAAUGAGGCGGAAUGAUUACAUGGUAAAGUUUUUAUCUGGAAGUGACCCUAGAGUAUUCAGCUAUGUACAGAAUACUGAAAUUCAGCCUAGGAUGAAUAAGAAAAAAAUCAUUCUUUCCAGAUACAUUUUGGGACAAGCCAUCUGACUUAAAUUCCGUUGACAUGUAUGACCUUUCCAGGCAAUCAUGAUAUAGCACAACAAUUGCACACUUGUUAUUUGUCAAUUUUAAGUUGUUAUGAUGAACCAGAAUAGUUCUUUCCUUUAGAGGAAUUAUGUCAUUGCCAGUCAUGAUUAAUUAUGCAAUUGCCAAAGAACACUGCAGCUUGUGAAUUAAAGGGUAUGACUGAGAUCUUAACAGCAGUCAACACCUGACGUCAAGUAUAAACAAUCAGAUGUGAAGUGCAUUCUUCAGAGGUUUAAAUGCUCAGUGAGACUCAGAAACAGUCAUUGCCUUGGAUAGCUAAGCUUCUAAGUCUGAAUUGUAAAGGGAAAGAAAUAAACUUUAUAUAUUUAAACA